CACCAGAGGAAAACGUUUUCCUAUUGAGUGAGAGCAGCCUAUCGGGACCGAGAUGGGCAGAAUCGCAGUUUCGGUUUCGUUUCCAGCUAUUUGUUUGUCUCGAUUAAGGAAGGAGGAAUGAAAGGGAGAGAGAGAGAUGGGGGGAGAGUAGUCCUAUCGGGGAUUGAGAAGGCAAAGACAAUGUCUCUAGACCGCGUCCGGGAUUACUGCACUCAGACCCUGUGCUCCCACCGCGGCUCGCUGGACUACUACAGUUUGCGCAGGGAGGUCUCCGGCUAUUUCAAGGUGCCGGAUGGGGAGCUGAGGAGGGUGCUGGCCGACGGGCAGUUGUUCACCAAAGUGCCGCCCGAUGAUGAGAGGCUGCAGCUCAGCGACGGCACAUUGCUGAUCGCCACCACUCCGGCCAGGCUGUGCAAAGACUUCCUUAAGAAGGACUGUAGCAGCGGUGCCUGCGACCAACUCCACCUCUGCAAGUUCUUCCUCUACGACAAUUGCAAGUUCGCCAAGGGAAGAAUUACCUGCAAUUCCUCACAUGAUAUCCAUUCUCCCCACAACUUUGCUGUCCUGCGUUCGAACAACCUUCAACACCUGAAUGUGAUGCAAUUGCGCCAGAUUCUGCUGCAGAAUGAUGCAUCCCUCUUGCCUGAGAUUUGUGUGUUCUACAACAAGGGCCCUGGACAGUUUGGCAGCUGUACCUUCAAGGAUCAGUGCACCAGGCUUCAUGUCUGCCUCCAUUUUGUCCAGGGCACCUGCAAGUUUGGGGCACGUUGCAAACGCUCUCAUUAUUUCCAGGAUAAUAGCACAUCAUCUGUUCUGGAUAAUCUGAGCAAGGAGCUGAUCAAAUGCAUGCCUCAAAUCUAUCAAAACCUGUACAACAUCAAAAAUUACAAGGCCGGCAAAGGUGAAGCAAGUGAGAAAAGCCAACACUCCAUGACUGCAGCUCUGGCAGGGAGGAGAUCUCAAUCCCGACUCUCUUCAAGCAACUCGAGUGAUGAUGCGGCCAGUGAGGAGAUUUGUCUCUAUUUUGUCUGGAAGAAUUGUAGUUUUGAAGAUAAGUGUAUGAGAGUUCACUGCAAGCUUCCUUAUCAAUGGCAGAUUUGCGACGAACUGUGGAGAGAUCUCUCAAAUAUGGAGCAGAUUGAAAAGGACUACUGCGAUCCAAACAAGACCAGAUCUGUGAAUGUUAAUUUUGAAUCCAUGAUGAGCGAUUUGAGUCCAGUCCGGCGCCUUUCCACAGCCUCCUCCGUAAAAAAACCCCCACAUUACAUCCUCACCACCACAUGGCUGUGGUUCUGGAAGGAUGAGUUUGGAAAGUGGAUUGAAUAUGGAAAGCAGGAAGAGGGGCACUCUGCUGCUAGCAUAACAUCCACAGAGCUGGAGAAGGCGUUUUUGGCAGACAAUGGGAAGGUGGAAUUCACUGCAGGAAAACACAAAUACGAGCUGAAUUUUAAAGCCAUGCAACAAACAAAUUCACACAUUGGCUCUCACAGAGAAGUCCGGAGGAGGCCCAAGUUCAUCUCCGAACAGGACACGAAGAGCCAGAUACAAAACCAAGGAAAAGCAGGACAUGAAAGUUUGGGCAUCACUCAAGGAAAAUCUCUUCCAGCACACUGGGAUAAAUCAGCACUGCCAGAUGUGAGCUAUAAGCUGGUUCAAGUGCUUGAGUCUUCAGAUGAAUAUAAACAAGUGCAAUCCCUAUUUCAGCGGACGAUGAUGAAAAGUGUGAUUCGGAAAAUUGAACGAAUUCAAAACCUAGCUCUUUGGGAAGUCUAUGAAUGGCAGAUGGAUCAGAUGAAAAAGAACAAUAAUGGCAAAGAUGUGGUUGAGAAACAGCUUUUCCACGGCACAAACUCCUCAAUUAUUGAUGCAAUCUGCCAACAGAACUUUGAUUGGAGGAUCUGUGGAACUCAUGGAACUUCUUACGGAAAAGGGAGUUACUUUGCCAGGGAUUCAUCAUAUUCCCAUAAUUACUGCCAAACCGGGAAAACCAUCAUGACCAUGUUUGUUGCUCGCGUUUUGGUGGGGGAGUUUGUGAGAGGAAGCUCAUCUUAUCUUCGACCACCCUUAAGAGAUGGAACAAAAAACAACUUCUAUAACAGUUGUGUUGACAGUGUCUCCAACCCUUCCAUAUUCGUCAUAUUUGAGAAGCACCAAAUCUAUCCUGAAUACCUUAUAGAAUAUAAAUGUUAAACAAAGUAGAGGCUUGGAAGUGCUAAAGCAUACAAAAGUGUAACCUGUUUUAAAAUUCUUUCUUAUUACCUUUUUCAUAUUAAUCAGAAUGUUCAAAUAAUUCUCCAUGGUUAGUUUUAAUGAUUAGACUGCUAAAGUGGAUUAUCAAUGUUAACGUUAAAUCUACUAACCUCGACAUUGUUUUUGUGCGACUUGCAUCUAUUGGUGGAUUGGAAGAUCAGAAUAAGGCGCUGAAUUAUGAGACUUUGCUGAAGGCAAAUGGUAGAAUAUGACAUUGUGAUAUUUUAACACAUUGUUAGAAUAUGCUAUAAUUGGCCUUGUGAACAUGGUAUACAGCAAACAAAGUUAACCAGUCUUCCUUUUCUCACCAGCAUGUAAUGGGUGGGAGGUAUUUGGGAUGCACAGUGGUGCUGUAGGUUCCAGAGUUUGAAUUCUCCAAGUAUGGGUUUCUUUCAAGUACUCUAAUUUCCUCUCAUGUCCAAAAAACGUGGUGGUAGAUCAAUAGACUACUGUAUAUUAUUCCUUGGUGUUAGUAAAUGGCACAAUGAUCCUAAGGGGAAGUUGCUAGAGAGAAUAAAUUGCAAUCAAUAGGGAAUGGGUCUACUGGCAUUUUAUCCACUGGGAGCUGGCAUGGGCUGAAUGGCUCCUUUUUUGUCAAAAGCAGUAAGUAAAGAUGCUGGAUGUAUUGGUAAGGGCAGGAGUUGGGUAAAUAAAACACAGAAAGAGGAAUGAGUGAUUCAGCCCCUUUAAUCUAUUCCACUAAUCAAGUUCACUUGAACUUGACUUGAUCUACACUUCCAUACCAUUGCCCACCUUUGCUCCAUGUGCAUGAGAUUCUGAGCCCAUCAGUUUAUGUGGCCAAUUAUUAUUUAUAAUAAUUUAUCUUAUAGUCAACUAAUGUUGACACCAAUAUCUUCUGAAGAAUGAAGAAAGCUAGUCGGAAUAGAGGGGAAUGUGAGAUAACAUAUUUUGUGAAAUAUGGUGAAUAAUAACAUGUGCAUGGGUGUUAGCAGCUUUAUUUCCAUAUUGUAUUGAAAAUAUAAAUCUUACAGGUUUUGCACUAAAAUUGAUGGCCGGGUAGCUUAUUUUCCAGCCUACUGAUGUAGAUGGCGUAGCACAUGGUCUGAAUGACAAUAACUAGAGCCUUUAAGGUGAUAAAACAUUCCAAGAUGCUACACAAGAGCAAGAUCAAACAAGUGGGUGAGAACUGGAGGAUCACAUGAAUUCAUUUCAAAA